CUUUCCUGUUCCCUUUCACCUGCUUUUAGUUAUUGCCUUUAAUUCGACCCACAUCUCUUUUUAUUUAUAUUUAAAUAUAUACAGCCGGUCUAUAUAUAUUUUUUAUUCAGAAUAGUAACUAAUCUCCUGUCCCCUAGCACUCACUUUAUUAUUUUUAAUUUCAUUAUCACCAGCUAAAUACUUAUUAAUUUUUAAUACAUUCAACCAUGCGCUCCGUUCAGUUCAUUAUUGCCUCCGCCCUCUUUGCGCUUUCAACCCAGGUCACUGCUACCCCCAUUCAUAAGCUCGGACCCCUUUCAAGCUCUGUUGUGUCCACGACCGCGACCGCUACGUCUACUGCCACUGCCACUGCCUCCGUUGCUCAAAAGCAACACCAGCAGCUGGAAGAGAACUUUCCGACUGCAAAGUUUGAUAUUGCCAUCCCCGAUCUCCGCAACCAAAAGUCAGGCCAAAGGCCCAGCUACCAGACCCUGCAUCCGGCCGAAAUCCAAAAGUACAACUCACUGUACCAAAAAUUUGUCAACAGUGUUCUGAAGAAAAAUAAUAAGGGUCGCAAGGAUGACCACAGGGGUAACAGAUCUCGUCGGCCCCAUGGUCCCAAGCCAACACGUUCCAAGAACACUGCUCUGAUUAAGGAGACCUUCAGCAAGUCCAAGCCUACUGCUUCUGUGUCCACAGAGUCAAGCGUCAGUACCUCGACUGCUUCGUCAAAGUUGGCUGUGACUAAGGAUUUCUCAAACACUGAGGCUGUAUUCACCACUUAUGAUGAGGAUAAGCUUGAGGAGAUAUUCAAUUAAAUUUUUUGAACAAUUUUAUUAUAAUUAUAAUUAUAUAAUUAUUAAUUAAACGGUUGGAA